AUGAGACGGAACUUUUCGACGAGUUGGAUAUUCCAAGGCUGGAUAACGUGUGCGCUCGUCGCCUUUUACGCACAGGAUGUGGAAUCCAAAACUUUACCUUGUGAUGAGACUCAUUACGUAAGAGGCACCAGAUGCUGCAAGAAGUGUGGGCCAGGCUUCCGUAUGCUCGCUGCCUGCACCGACUCUCACCCGACUAAAUGUAUCAAGUGCAAUCGCGGUGAAUACCAACCCGGCUGGACCGAAGAGGACCGCUGUCUCCAGCAGAAGUUCUGUGACCCGAUUAAGGGUUUCAUGGAGAGGCCUGAGAACCCUGUGGCAGAGGAGCCGUGCCGCUGCCUCCCCCACCUCCAGUGCUACCCCAUCAACUGUGAGUUCUGCGAGAGGAUUCCCACCUGCAGUGCCGGAUACGGCCUCGACGAGGAUCCCGAGUCCACGAACGGAAGGAAGGUCUGUGUGGCGUGUAAGAAAGGCUUCUUCUCUGCUGACAACAACGGAGAACAAUGCAAACAAUGGACUAACUGUAAGGCCGAGGGCAGGACUGAGACCCAUCCAGGCAGCGCUCAGGCCGAUGCAGCAUGUGGACUCCCUGUGUCUGGUGCCACCCCCUCCUGGGUCAUAGUUUCUGUUCUGUCCGUCAUCACCGUUCUGUGUCUCCUCAUCCUGCUGCUCUUCUGCUACAAGGACAAACUGAAGUUACUCUCAGUGAAUCUGCGAUCCUGUGUUCAGAAUCUGAAGAGUACAAGGAUACAGCAGGAUACAUUGGACCCUCUUUACCACAGUGGGGGUCCUAAGUGUUCACCCUGUGAGAUCACCAAACUCAUCUACCAAUCACCACACAACCCAUCAGAUGAGCCCCUCUGCACAUUCCCCACCUCUGCUCCCGACGUCAAGGUCUCGCUGCCCUUCACCGGGGAACUGACAGAGAAGGCAGCGACCAAGGGGAAGACGGUGACGGAGGAGCGACAGAACGAAGGGUCUGGAGAACCGGAGGAGGUGUCGGAAGAGGAGGAGGUCCCCAGCAUGCCCCCUCUCAUGGCGGGUUCCUGCGUGUGUGUCAUCCCUGUUCGCGAGCCACUGGAAGUCGGGGAGAACGAGGACUGCAGCCAGGCGGUCUGCCCCGGGACACCAGGAACCUGCUCGUGUGGAGGGCUGGACGGAGAGAGGGAUGGAGAUGAGAGUGGGAAAGAAGAGAGGAGUGAGAGUGGAGAGAAGGGCAACCGGGAUCAAGAAAAGAUGGUUUUGCGCAAGAGUGAAACGGGUGCUGCGUCCCUCGUGUCUCUCUCUGCUCCACUCCUCCACGGCUCCUCUGUCGUCCCUCCAUCCAGCCCACGUCCUGAACUCUGCCUGCCUCUGUCCCAGGCUCUGGUGUCGCCGGAGUUCAAACCCAACAUGGCCGACGGGUCACCGCUGAAACAGGAGGAGUUAUACAGACUGGCGAGCACAGACACCACCUCAGCCGUGAAUAGCACAACCUCUGCGAUGACGUCAGUCAGUCCCCUGAUGACGUCCUCGUCGGUUAGAGAUCUGUACCUGGACAACCCCCCCGAGGCCUCUGGCCCGGAGCAAGGCCAGGGUCUUUCCUGGGAGAAUAACAGUGGCAACAAGCUCUCGUGUGGGGAGUCAGAACUGCAGUGCUCCCCCGAGAGCCUCCACAGUCAGCUGGCGGAACCAACGCUUACCUCAGGUCAGGUGUCGGGGAACAACAACACCACCUUCAUCUCCAGCGGUCAGGUGAUGAACUUCAGUGGUGAGGUCAUCGUCGUCUAUGUCAGCCAGACAUCCGUGGGCAGCGACGGAGCCGGGCUUGACGAUGCCGUCCGAAGCCCGGUCCAGGAAGAGGCCAACGAGACGGCUCCGUAUUUACAACGCGCUGCCAGGUCACGAGGGGAGGGCUUGUCUCGUGUCACGGUGCAAGACGAGACGCUGCCGGUGCAAGAAGUGAUGGCAGAGCGGCCGCCGGGGAAGUGA